AUGUGCCGUGCACUCCCACCUCACCAUGUUGCUAUGUGCCGUGCACUCCCACCUCACCAUGUUGCUAUGUGCCGUGCACUCCCACCUCACCAUGUUGCUAUGUGCCGUGCACUCCCACCUCACCAUGUUGCUAUGUGCCGUGCACUCCCACCGCACCAUGUUGCUAUGUGCCGUGCACUCCCACCUCACCAUGUUGCUAUGUGCCGUGCACUCCCACCGCACCAUGUUGCUAUGUGCCGUGCACUCCCACCUCACCAUGUUGCUAUGUGCCGUGCACUCCCACCUCACCAUGUUGCUAUGUGCCGUGCACUCCCACCUCACCAUGUUGCUAUGUGCCGUGCACUCCCACCUCACCAUGUUGCUAUGUGCCGUGCACUCCCACCUCACCAUGUUGCUAUGUGCCGUGCACUCCCACCUCACCUCACCAUGCUGUCUCCCGUCCCUCCCUCCCACCAAUCUGCACUCUCACACUUCCCUCCUCUGCUCGUCUCGCCCCCCUGCCUCCGUCCUGCAGUGCUGUGCUGCCACUGCUCACAACAGCGUCACUUGAUGCUCGCAAGCAGUGCGCCCUCGCAGCAUCUGCCGUCCUGCACACAGAGGUCAGUCGCACACACAGGUCAGUCGCACACAGAGGCCAUCCACGCCAUAGCACCAUCGCGCGCCAUCCUGCGCCCGGCCCUCAUCACAGUGGUGCAGCCGCCCCUGGCAGCGCUGCUGCGCAAGUGGCGCUCGGCCUUUGCCUUCAUCCCGCACCUCACAGACUUCGAGGGUCACAACCCCUUGUUGAGGGAUGAUGACCGCGCGCUUGCCACCGAUGCUGCACCCCAUGAGGCAUCACUGGCGCUGCUGCAAGUGAUCUGGGUGGCAGCCUUGGCGUCCCCCCCUGCCUCCACGGCCCUGGCAGCCAUGGCUGCUGCUGCUGGCCCCGGCUCUGUUCCCCCCCGCACCACCCUCACCUCCUCCUCCUCCGCCUCCUCCCUCUCCGCCCUCUCCUCUGCUCCUGUCACGCGCACGUCUACCUACCCUAGCGCCACCCCACCCACAGGCAGCACCAUCCUUGCUGCCUCUGCCAGUCACGCACCUGGGACUGCCAGUAGCACUUCUGCUUCUGUCACCCGCACUAGCAGUCAUCACGUGCCGCCCGGCCAGCCUGGCGCCAGCUCAGCAGUCAGCCGGCGCAUGUCUCAACGCAGCGGCAUGACUAAAACGGGGGGAGGGAGGCAGGAGGGGGAGCGGGAGGGGGCAACAUCGUCCCAGCGGCGCAUGAACGGCGACAAAGACCGUGCGCAGAGGUGGAGCCUGGGGGAGGCCGUGGAGAAGGCGUGGGACUGCAGUCGGGGCAUCCCUGUCUCUGCUGCCACUCGCACCAGUGCCGGUGCUGCUGCUGCUGCUGGUGUUGGAGGGGUGGAAGGGAGGGAGGGAGGGGCAGCAGCGGCGGGGGCAGAGGAAGGGGGGAAUGGCACGGCGCUGGGUCCCACGCUGGGCGGGCUGCAGCAGCACCUCGAUGGCAUGCGCGGCCUCAUUCGCGCUCAGGUGCUCGUCCCUACCCUCAGGUGCUCAUCCCUACCCUCAGGUGCUCGUCCCUACCCUCAGGUGCUCAUCCCUACCCUCAGGUGCUCGUCCCUACCCUCAGGUGCUCGUCCCUACUCUCAGGUGCUCGUCCCUACCCUCAGGUGCUCGUCCCUACCCUCAGGUGCGAGUCCCUACCCUCAGAGGCUGCGGAGGGUGAAGAUCGAGACGCAGAUGGCGCGCGCGCACACAGCUGGCAUGCGCAUGUGGCGCUCCCUCAUUCGCCAGCUCCUCGAGUCAGGGCUGCUCGUGGGCCUCCCUGGCAGUUACCACGAGUUGAAGCAGCGCCGGGUGUUUUGGAAGCUGGACCGCGUGGAGAGCAGCGCGCGCAUGAGGCGCCGCAUGGUGCGCAACUACCGCGGCUCCGACUGCCACGGCCUCGCUGCUGACUUCCGCCCCCCCACUCACGACCCCCCGCCCGCUGACAAGCGCGCACGCUCCCAGGGGGACGCGGAUGGGGUGGAGAGGGGGGGGGUGGCAGGGGCGGUGGGCCUGCAGGAGGGGGGGGAUGUGGGGAAGACACGAGAGGAUGGGGAGGGAGAGGGGGCUGCAGUGGGAGGAGGGGCGGGUAGUGAGGGUGUGGGUGUGGAUGAGGAGGGGAAGGAUGAGGCGAAGGAAGGGGUGGCGGAGGGGAGUGGCGCAGGGGAUGUGGAGGGGGUGGGAGGGGCCAUAGUGGAAGACGCAUCGGGGCUGCUGGGCGGCUGCCUGCCGGCCCCUGUGAAAGACUUCGAUGCUCCCGUGCUGAUGAGCGCGGAUGAGGAGGGACCGGAAGGGGAGGUCGAGACGGACAGACGGGAGGGGGAGGGUGGAGAAGGUGAGGAGACGGAGGGGGCACGAGGUGCAGCAGAGGGGGAUGGUGAAGGCCGGACAGUAGCAGAGGGAGGUGAAGUGGGGGGUGCUGCUGUGGAGCAUGCGGUGCUGGAAGGUGGUGUGAAGCACACGCCAGGUGCCGAUGAUACUCUGGGGGCGAACGAUGCUGAGCCACGACAAACGGAAUCUGCUGCUGAGUCAGACGCAAAGGGUGGUGACUCAUCAGAAGCAAGAGUGUCGGCAGUGGAGGAGGGGGCGAGUGCAGCAGGGGAGGAGGGUGGAGAUGGAGGAGGCAGCAAGCAGGCAGAGCGAGGCGAGGUGGCUUCUCAACCAACAAGCCACGCAGCUUCAGCCUCCUCGCCUGAGCCUCCCUCCUCCACCACCACCACCACCGCCACCGCCAGCAGCACCGCCACCACCACCGCCACCACCACCGCCAGCAGCACUAGUGCCAGCAGCACUAGUGCCAACAGUGGCACUGCUGGUCCCUCCACUGCUGCUGCUCCUGCUUCUACUGCCACCACCACCACUACCUCCUCUACUGCCACAGCACCCCAGGAAGCCCUGGCAGCGUCGGCAGUGGCAGCAGUGGCGUUGGCAGCAGGCGAGCAGCCGGGGCUGUCAGCAGUGGUGGGCAGCAGCGAGGUGGCGGCAGAGGUGGCGGUGGGGGAGAGGGAGCGAGUGGUGGUGGAGGUGCCGGCCAUGAUGGUGCUGCCCCUUCAAGUCCUCAACGGCCGCCUCCUCGUCACUGCCUCUCGCUUGCUCUUCCUGGUUGACCCCUCCGUGCAUUUCAAGGAGAGCGCGCCGGGCGACCAGGGGACGGACGGGGGUGGAGGGGGAAGGGCGGAGGGCGAGGAGGGUGGGUGGGGGAAGAAGGCGCGGGAUAGAGUGUGGCGGCUGACAUCCGUGAGGGAGGUGCUCAGCAGGCGCUACCUGCUGCGGCGCUCGGCCCUGGAGGUGUUCAUGAUCGACCGCUCCAACUUCUUCUUCAACUUUGAGGGCCCGGAGGAGCGGCUACGAGUGCACCGAGCCAUCGAGCAUGCCAACCCACCGCACCUGCAGCAUCACUUCUCCCCCACUCUGCGCCCGGAGAAGAUGCUUGAGAGGCUACAGCUCACUGAGAGAUGGCUCCGCAGGGAGAUCACCAACUUCGACUACCUCAUGCAGCUCAACACCCUGGCGGGCCGCACCUUCAACGAUGUCACCCAGUACCCCGUCUUCCCCUGGGUAAUUCAGGACUAUACCUCAAAGGAGCUCGACCUCACCAACCCAGCCACCUUCAGAGACCUCUCCAAGCCGGUGGGGGCACUGGAUGCGGGGCGGUUGGAGAAGUUUGUGGAGCGGUACCACAGCUUUGCGGACCCCAUCAUCCCCAAGUUCCACUACGGCUCGCACUACUCCAGCGCCGGCAUUGUGGCGCACUAUCUGCUGCGAGUGGAGCCGUAUACGUCUCUCGCGCUGGCCCUGCAGGGCGGGCAGUUUGACCACCCCGACCGCCUGUUCCUGGACGUGGCUGCCACGUGGCGGGGAGUCACCUCCGACAUGAGCGAUGUCAAGGAGCUGAUCCCGGAGUGGUUCUGUGUACCGGAGAUGUUCACCAACAUCAACGGGCUGCACCUCGGCUCCACGCAGAAGGGCGAGAUCAUUGGGGACGUGAAGCUGCCGCCAUGGGCGAGCAGUGCGGCGGACUUCGUGCGCAAGCAGCGGGCGGCACUGGAGAGCGAGUAUGUCAGCAGCAACCUGCACCAUUGGAUCGACCUCAUCUUCGGGUACAAGCAGAAGGGCAAGGAGGCCCUGGCGGCGCACAACGUGUUCUUCUACGUCACGUACGAGGGCGCUGUUGACAUCGACUCCAUCACCAACCCUGUCAGCCUCCUCUCCUCGCUAGCGCUCUCUCCCCCUCUGCCCACCCACCAUCAUCUUACGUCCAAGCCAUCACGUCCCCACGAGCCAUUGACCAACUGUCUUGCACUCGCCCACUCAGCACCUUGCCAUGCAAGCAUGCUACCACCUGGCAGCUUUUCCUUCUCCUCUGCCCUUGGCAAGCACGCUCUUGCUCAACCAUGCACGAUUCUUUUCCAGCCUCCCUCACCUCCCGUCAUCUCCUUGCUCCCACCACCCUCCCUCCAGAUCGUGAGGAGGGGCAUGCAGGAUCAGAUUUCCUACUUCGGCCAGACGCCGUCACAGCUGCUGACGACAGCGCACCCACCGCGCAUCGCACUGGACUACGCGCUGCACCUGCACACGGUGUUCCGCAAGCCCGAUGAGAUCCUGCCCUACGUGCUGCCACACCCCGACACCCUCAAUGUCCCCGCCAGCCGCAUCGUCGCCACCUCAGAUGCCAUCGUCACCGUUGAUCUCAAUGCUCCUGCUUGCCACGUGGCGGUGCACCAGUGGCAGCCCAACACCCCGGACGGCCACGGCUGGCCGUUUUUGUUCCAGCCCGGGCGGUCUUCGCUGACAGGUAGUGCCAUUCUGCGGAUGCUGACGGGGGCAGCGCUGGGCGGCAAGGGCAGCAACAGCGAGACAUCCCUCUAUCCGCGCCUCGUGGCCCUCCCUGCUCCGGGGAUAAAGCACACGUCAACAGCAGCAGGCGCGGUGGGGGGGGGAGGGGAAGGAGGAUCCGGUGGGGGAAAGGAAAUCAUAGCCAUCUCCCCGGACGGCAAGUUUCUGUUCACAGGCGGGCACGCGGAUUUCUCUGUGAAGCUGGUGUCAGUGGACUCGACUCGCGUGCUGGAGACGGCUGCUGUGCAUGGCGGCCCCGUGACGUGCGUGGCUCUCUCCCCUGAUGGCGCCACUCUCGCCACCGGCGCCACGGACGGGGUGGUGCUGCUGUGGCGAGUCAACCACGCCACCGCGCCCUUCCCUUCCUCCCCUGCCGCCGGGGUCACGGCUGGCCUCGUGGCUGCUGGGGCGGGGGCGGGGGGGCGUGUGGCAAGGCGCAGCACUGCAGCACCCACGGGCCCGCACGACCCUGCUCUGGCUGCUGCCGCUGCAGCGGUGUCGGCUAGCGAGGAACGAGCAGGCAGCAUGGCAGUGGGAGGAGCGGAUUACCCCGAGCGGGGAGGCGGGGGUGGCAUGUCGGACGCGGCACUGCUGCUGAGCGCAGGGGGCAUGGGCGGGGCGGGGGGGCUGGAGGCGCCGAGGAAGUGGCGGCGCAUGGAAGGCCCCGUGCAGGUGCUGCGCGGGCACUUGGACACGAUCCUGUGCUGCGCCGUGUCCUCGGACCUCGACCUCGUUGCCUCCUCCUCGCGCUCCCGCGGUGUGCUCCUCCAUUCCCUCAUGAAGGGCCGCUUCCUGCGCCACCUGCCGGGGGUGGGGCCGGCGGACCUGCUGGCCAUCUCCCCUGAAGGGGUGGUGGUGGUGUGGGAGCGGCGGCAGCGUGCGCUGCGGGCGUUCACGAUCAACGGAGCGGCGGUGGCGGGGGUGAGCAUCUCGGAGGAGGAUGGCGAUGUGAGCAGCGUGCAGGUGUCGAGCAACGGGCUGUUUGUGGCUGUGGGCACGGACUGCAGCCGCUGGCGGCAUGUGCGGGAGAAGGAACGGCAGAAGGAGAGGGAGCGCGCUGCUGUGAUUGCCGGGGAGAAGGUGGGGCUGGGGAAGGCUGGGAGCUUCACAGAGGCUGAGGGGCGGCGGACGGAUGGUGGCGGUGAGAAGGGCGAGGGAGGAGGGGCGUUGGAAGGGGAGAACGGGGGGACGGGCCGUGGGCAGCGGGAUGAGGGGGAAAGAGGAGGGGAGGAAGGCGAGGGGGGGAAUUCAGGCAAGGAGAGGAGGGAGGGAGAGGGCGAGAGGAGGGAGGGCAGGGAGGUUGAGGGAGAGGGUGGAGGGGCGGCAGCAGGGGGGGGUGGUGCACUGCCGGACUGGAGGAACACGGACGAAGGGGGGUCACGGAAGGAGCGCGGAUCAGCGGUGUCACUUCUUGACCUCUUCUCCCUCAAGGCGCUGUGUCGCUUCAAGCUGCCGGAGGGCACAGACGUGACAGCGCUGGCACUGUCAGCGGACAACACCAACCUGCUCUGCUCCACCUCCGCUCACCUCGCCCCCGGCCAGCUCAUCCUCUACAGCAACCCCCUGCUGAGUGUGAAGAUGGUGGAUCAGAUGCUGCGCCUGGGCUGGGAGGGCAGCGAGUUCGCCAGCAUCUUCUGA